AUGUAUGACCCGUGUCUCCCCCAGGGCGUGUGUGUGGUGCGGCCGUGGGAGGAGGAGGAGGUGUGGGGCGCCUUCAGGAGGUGGCACGUGCUGGUGCUGACGGCCCUGGCCGCCCUGGCCCUCACGGUGUUGUGCUGCUGCGUCUUCAAGUGUCGGGUCCCUCGCACCAAGCAGGAGAUCGAGGCCGACUUCAUCAGACGCAAGUUAGCCAAGAAGUUCCAUCGUCAGCUCAACAUUAUCAACAACUCUGAGAUGGACGAGAUGGAUCUGCUCAAGGCCCUGGAGCGCCUGAGGUCCGAGCUACGAGCUGACUCUGGGAGCCUGGCCCAGUCGGAAGCCUUCUCCACCCUCUCCUUCACGCCCACAGGAACCCCGACCUACAGGAAGGGUUCAGAGCUCCACCUGGGUGUGUCGUUGGAGGAGCUGCGGCUGGCCACUGACCAGGGGCCCAUCACCAACCUCAGGGGCCGCGUCUCCAAUAUCAUCUCUGGGGCCCUCCGCAAGCUCCAGCACUGA